AUGGAUCGGGUUAUCAAAGCCGCGAGGAGCUCUGGUUCUCUCAAUCUUUCAAAUCGUAAUCUCAGCCAAGUGCCCGAUGAGGUAUAUAGAAGUACGAGUGCAGUUGGGGACGAUGAGAAAUGGUGGGAGGCUGUGGAGCUACAAAAGCUCAUUAUAGCUCAUAACAACAUUGAAUCACUGAAAGAAGAGCUGAGAAAUUUGCCUCUUCUGACUGUGUUAAAUGUCAGCCACAACAAACUUUCCGAGCUUCCAGCUGCAAUUGGAGAGCUUACCAUGCUCAAAUCAUUAGACUUAUCGUUCAACUCAAUUCUAAAGUUGCCUGAGGAAAUUGGAUCAGUAACUUCUCUUGUCAAACUUGAUUGCUCGAACAAUCAGCUUAAAGAACUACCAAGCUCACUUGGAAGAUGCUCAGAUCUAUCAGAAUUCAAGGCGUCAAAUAAUGUUAUCAUCAGCUUGCCAGAAGAUCUAGCUAACUGUUCAAAAUUGAUGAAACUAGAUGUGGAGGGUAACAAGCUAACAAUCCUAUCUGAGAAUUUGAUUGGAUCAUGGACCAUGCUUACAGAACUCAAUGCAUCAAAAAAUAUGCUGAGUGGAAUACCAGAGAAUAUUGGAAGCCUAUCUCGUCUUAUCCGUCUUGACCUUCACCAGAACAAAAUUUCGUCAGUUCCACUUUCAAUAAAGGGUUGUUCUUCCCUUGCGGAGAUCUACAUGGGGAAUAAUGCGCUGUCUACAUUACCAGCGGAGAUGGGGGCGCUUUCUCAUCUAGGAACUUUAGAUCUUCACUCGAACCAGUUGAAGGAGUAUCCAGUGGAGGCAUGCAAAUUGCGUCUUUCGUUGUUGAAUCUUUCAAACAAUUCAUUGUCUGGAUUGCCCCCUGAAUUGGGCAAGAUGACUACCCUGCGAAAACUUUUGCUUACCGGAAAUCCUUUACGAACUCUUAGAAGCUCAUUGGUUUCUGGAUCAACUCCUACUUUAUUGAAGCAUCUUUCGAGAGUAGACUUUCUGAGAAUGAAGACAAUAUCUGGAUCCCAUAUGCUUAAGUUGUUAAUAAAUGGAAGAAAAGUUAAUACCCUCCCUCAUGUGCUCAUGCUCAUAGAGACACAUUUAACUGCAGACUAUGCAGAAGCUACAACUACAAAAAAGGAGGAUGUUAUUGCCAUGGCUACUCGAUUAUCAAUCGCUUCAAAGGAACUUUCUAUGGAAGGGCUGGGUUUGACUGCUGUCCCAUCAGAAGUAUGGGAGUCGAGUGAGGUCACAAAAGUUGAUCUUUCUAGGAAUUCCAUCCAAGAGCUUCCAGUUGAGCUUUCGUCAUGUGUCUGCCUUCAGACUCUAGUUUUUUCCAGGAACAAGAUUAAAGACUGGCCAACUGCAAUUUUAAGGUCACUUCCUAAUCUGUUGUGUUUGAAGCUGGACAAUAAUCCACUAACACAGAUUCCACCGGAUGGAUUUCAAGCAGCCCCUAUGCUUCAGGUUCUCGAUCUAAGUGGUAAUGCAGCUUCAUUACCAGAGCAUCCAUCAUUUUCCAGCUUACCACAUUUGCAAGAGCUUUACCUGAGACGAAUGCAGCUACGAGAAGUCCCAUCAGAUAUCUUGAGUUUGCAGCGACUGCGGAUCCUUGACUUAAGCCAAAAUUCCCUCCGAUCGGUUCCAGUGGAGUUCAAAAAUCUUACUUCACUCACUGAGCUAGGCCUAUCUGACAAUGACAUCUCAACGCUUCCCCCAGAGUUGGGUUUGCUUGAACCUAGCUUACAGGCCUUAAGACUUGAUGGAAAUCCAUUAAGAAGCAUCCGGAGGACGGUUUUAGACAGAGGAACCAAAGCUGUUCUGAAUUAUCUCAAGGACAAAAUUGUUGAAGCUUAG